UAACAAACCGACAUUCCGUCUGCUUUGGAAACUGUCAAAAGCAAAGGGUCUGUGAGCGAAAACUAAUCAUCAAACAACGGACGCAGACGUUCCGCCAAUGUUAUCGGUACACGAGUUUGAUGAAUGUGUCACAGCGACUUGCGCUUGGGUAUGAAGGCCCGACGUUAUUAAGAAGUUGAAAGGAUGAACGUUCUAUUUCUUCCGGUCAACACCCGUCGGUACAUACCGUAACCUGACGUCUUGCCGCGGUUGUCAAGCAGAAACAAAUCUUUUUGUUUAAGAUAUUUCAUCCGAUGUCUUUUGAUGUCUAUCAGUAUACAAAUAACAUUCCCUUCAUUGAAUUUUUCUUCUCUAAAUAAACAGGUUUAUGAAAUUUACAGAUUUUGAAAAAUGACAACUCCAACAAACAAGACUAUGGAGAAAACAAGCAAACCUGUGAAGAAGGAGUCUGUGCAGGUUGUUGUAAGAUGUCGACCCAUAAAUGAGAGAGAACUAAGAGAGGGCCAUGAGAGGGUCGUUGAUAUGUUUCCAUCAAGAGGCGUUGUUGAAAUACGCAAUCCUAAGGAGGAGUCACGUGAAAGUAUUAAAACGUUUACCUUUGAUGCUGUCUAUGAUUGGAACUCUAAACAGCAAGACUUGUAUGAAGAAACAAUUAGACCUUUAGUCUCAUCUGUACUUGACGGUUUCAAUGGCACUAUAUUUGCCUACGGUCAGACUGGAACAGGAAAAACUUACACAAUGGAAGGCUGUAAAUCUGAUGCAGAUGCAAAAGGAAUUAUCCCAAAGUCUUUCGAACAAAUCUUCAGUCACAUCUCUAGGCAAGCCAAUAUGCAAUACCUUGUACGUGCUUCAUACUUGGAAAUAUAUCAAGAAGAAAUUAGAGAUCUUUUAGACAGAGAUCCAAAUAAAAGACAUGAUCUCCGCGAGAAGCCAGAUACAGGAGUGUAUGUAAAAGACUUACAGUCCUUUGUGUGCAAAAGUGUCAAGGAAAUUGAACAAGUCAUGUCAGUUGGGAAUCAAAACAGAACAAUAGGAGCUACCAACAUGAAUGAGCAUAGUUCUCGCUCCCAUGCUAUUUUUAUGAUUACCAUUGAAAUGAGCCAAACAUCAGAGGAUGGCAAAAAUCAAAUACGUGUUGGUAAGCUGAACCUUGUGGAUCUUGCCGGUAGUGAGAGGCAAAGUAAAACCGGUGCAUCUGGAGAACGCCUCAAAGAAGCCAGCAAAAUCAACCUAUCCCUCUCAGCUCUUGGAAAUGUGAUAUCAGCUUUGGUAGAUGGGAAAAGUCAACACAUACCUUAUCGCGAUUCAAAGCUAACCCGUCUUUUGCAAGAUUCUCUUGGUGGUAACUCAAAGACCAUUAUGGUAGCAAAUAUUGGACCAGCAAGCUACAAUUAUGAUGAAAGUUUGACCACAUUGCGCUAUGCUAACCGUGCAAAAAAUAUUAAGAACAAACCAAGAGUUAAUGAAGAUCCUAAAGAUGCCCUACUAAGACAAUAUCAGGAAGAAAUUGCAAAGCUUAAAAACAUUCUUGCCGAACGUGCUGCUCAAAGAAGUCAAACCUUGUCAGGAAGGAAGAAGAAACGGAAGAAGAAGGAUGCUGCUGAAGACUCAGAUGGAUCUGACGAAGAAUCCUCUAAAACAGAGGAAGAUUUGCUGAAGGCCCAAGAAGCUCAACUUGAGCAGAAAAAAGAAAAAAUCUUAAGCAAUAAAAAUGCAGUGUCUGAGGAGGAGCAGGCACGUCUUCUCAAAGAACUGGAAGACAAGAGAGCUUUACUUGCCCAAGAAAAAGCAUAUGCUGAACAGCUUGCAGCAAAAAUAAAGUCUAUGGAAAGCAAGCUCCUUUGUGGUGGAAAAAAUAUAAUUGAUCACACAAAUGAGCAGCAGAGGGCACUUGAACAGCAUAGAGCUGAAAUUGCUGAAAGAAAGAGAAGAGAAGUGGAAAUGAAACAAAAAUUGGAAGCCCAGGAAGAAGAAGCAACUGGAAUUCGGGAAACGUACACCAACCUCCAGCAGGAAGUGGAAAUUAAAACAAAGAAGUUGAAAAAGAUGUACGCAAAACUGCAGCUUGUUAAACAGGAAAUUCAAGAUGUUACUGAAGAAUUUAACAGAGACAGACGAGAGCUAGAAUCUACUCGUAAUGAACUCUUAAAGCACCUUAAACUUCAAUAUCUUAUAAUUGACAAUUUCAUCCCACCUGAAGAAAAAGAGCGUCUCGUUGAAAGACUGAGGUACGAUGAUGAAGAAGAUGUAUGGAAAAUGGAUCCUCCUCCUCCGGAACAGCUACCUGUGUUUCGAAGACCAGUGUCAGUUGCUGGCAUGCGUCGCCCAAUGUCAGAAUAUGCUCGUGUAGCCAGUAAAGUUGGUGUUAGCCAUCGGUUUUGUGGAGAAAAUAUCAUACGCCUAGAGCUAGAUCCCCACCCACGCACUACUGACGAUUACACUGGACCAGCUGUGGCUCCUGCCAUCAUGUCUGUCCUUGAGGCUGCAUUGAAAAAAGAAGAAGACUUAGAUGUGGAUGCCUCUGCAGCUGUACGCCAUCAUCGUAUUCGCUCAGGUCGUCCCAUCCCUCCAUCCAUGGCUUUAAACACUGGGAUACCUCUCUCAGCUAUCUCAAAGAGUGCCAUAACAGGUGGUACUGGUGCAGCAAGUAAGAAGGUGGUUUAUCCAAAAGCUCGGGGACUUGUACCAAAGUGAAACUUGGCCAUUAGGUAAAAUAGCUUAUUUUGUGAUAUUGCAAAAGUUGCAUAUUUAAUAGCUUAUGCUAUAGAUUACAUUUUCUUUUGUUGAAUUCGUGAGGCAUGCCAUUUAGACCAACUCUAGUACUAUUAACAAUGUUUUGUUAUUCUUGACCUAAUUUUUUUGGCCGAUUUCAAGUCUCUCUUCUUGCGUGUUUCCUCGCCAAUUCAUUUUGAAAACAAUUUUGUUGCAGAGUUUGUCUUUUGACCAAGACUUCUGUAGAAAAUGUUUGUAGAGGAUCAGGUCUUUCAUCUGUUUGUUGAGUAUAAUUACUCUGUUCUGACUGGUGGAUAAGUCAGUAUCAUAGUACUUUCAUUUUGUGCGCUGGUUUCUGCUAAUGUGAUCAGUUUCAGAUUAAUGAGGUCGGUAUGAUCAAACUUGCCAUUGAUGGGUCAAGGAUUUGAUGCAUCUUUUUGAGACUGUUCUUACCCAAACAUUCCUAAUAUCAAGUGAAAUAGCUAUAUGAAAGCAUCCAUGUUUUAAUGUUUUGCGCUGUUCUCUAGUCGGAAUGGAGGUGCAAUUUUUUAUAACGUAUCGUAUGUAAGAUUUAAAAGCUUGUGCCAUGCUUGCAUUGUGCCAUUAGUUUUGGGCGUCUUGUAGCCAGAAUAGGGAAAUACUUUGACUCUAAAUUUUUUUACUAUCUACUAUUCCUAGUCUGGUAUUUUUUUACAAUAAUGCUCGAGUAGCUUCUUAAACUUUCUGUUUUAUCAUAAUUUGUUAAUUAAUAGGGCCUUUCCAUUGUAAGGAUUUUUACUGCUCUGUUAGCUAACAGAAUUACUCUGAACAUUCCUGUUGUUCAAAAAUAGCUUCUUUCAGGUUUAAGGUGUUGACUUUUUAUUUAUGAUGUUGCAGUCACCAUCAGUAUUAUUCUAUCACAAGUUUUCAAUGAUAGAAAACUUCUUUCAUUCACCCUUGAUUCCUUUGUUGACUUUUUUCUGGAGUAGCAGUAUUGUAAACACUCAAAAAUUGGUUAUUGCUACAAUUUUUGGAAAACUCAACCAUAAAUGGUGGAAUGUUGAAUGUUUAUGUUUGUAUGAUAGGUUGACCUGUGAUUUAGAAGGGAAGAACUGUGUUACCAAUAAGUUUGAUAAAGACUUUAGGUGUACGUCACAUUGGACAUAUGAAGUGUCACUCAUUCUAGUCAAACUCUUGAGCCAAAGUGUAUUCACUUGAAGUCAGAUAACUACAGAAUAUCCAAUGCAAUGCUCCUAUCAUAGUUAUUUCACCAAGUGUUCAAUUUUAAGAAUUUAGUUCACUGCGCACAAGGCUCAGAAAACCAAAUUAAUGACCAGGCACUUGUGUAUUACAUGUAAGUAUUUUGCAAAAUUUUUAUGCUGUAAUGUUGCUGUGAUCAAAAAUGUGUUUUGAAACACCAAUGCACUUUCCAAUAAAGUGAUUUUACUCAUGA